AUAAAAUGAAAUAUUUAGCCGCUUAUGCUUUAUUAACCCUCGGUGGAAAAGAAAACCCUGAUGCCGCAGCAGUCAAGAAACUCCUCGAAACUGUUUCUGCUACUGUAGAUGAAGCUAAAUUGAAUGCCGCUGUUAAUGCUCUUAAAGGAAAAAAACUUGAAGACGUUAUUUCUGCUGGAUAAAAGAAAUUAAGCACUGUUUCUUUCGGAGGUGCCUCUGGAGCUUCAUCUGCCCCUGCCCCCUCUGCCGCUGCUAAAGCCCCUGCUAAAGAAGAACCUAAGAAAGAAGAACCCAAGAAAGAAGAAGAAGAAGAUUAUGAUAUGGGUGACCUCUUCGGUUGAUUUUUAUUAAAAUAUCGCAUUUUUGCUUAUUUAUUUUUUUUAAUAAAAAAUAUAUUCUGUAUUUUUUUUUAUUUAUCUGUUUUUAUGUUUUAGGAUUUUUAUACAUAUUUAAAUAUUUUUAU